AUGCAAAUAGAGCUCUCUGCCUGCUUCUUUCUGUGCCUUUUGCGAUUCAGCUUUAGUGCCACCAGAAGACACUACCUGGGUGCAGUGGAACUGUCUUGGGACUAUUUGCACAGUGACCUGCUCAGUGAGCUGCAUGUGGACACAAGAUUUCCUCCUAGAAUGACAACAUCUUUUGCAUUCAAUACCUCAGUCAUGUACAAAAAAACUGUGUUUGUAGAGUUCAUGGAUCACCUUUUCGACAUUGCCAAGCCCAGGCCACCCUGGAUGGGUCUGCUGGGUCCUACCAUCCGGGCUGAGGUUUAUGAUACGGUGGUCAUUACACUUAAGAACAUGGCUUCUCAUCCUGUCAGUCUUCAUGCUGUUGGCAUAUCCUACUGGAAAGCUUCUGAGGGAGCUGAGUAUGCCGAUCAGACCAGCCAAAAGGAGAAAGAAGAUGAUAAAGUCUUUCCUGGGGAGAGCCAUACCUAUGUCUGGCAGGUCCUGAAAGAGAAUGGUCCGAUGGCCUCUGACCCACCAUGUCUCACCUACUCAUAUCUUUCUCAUGUGGACCUGGUGAAAGACCUGAAUUCAGGCCUCAUUGGAGCCCUGCUGAUAUGUAGAGAAGGGAGUCUAGCCAAAGAAAGGACACAGACAUUACAUGAAUUUGUACUACUUUUUGCUGUAUUUGAUGAAGGAAGAAGUUGGCACUCAGAAACAAAGGACUCCUUGACACAGGCUAUGGAUUCUGCAUCUGCUCUGGCCUGGCCUAAAAUGCACACAGUCAACGGCUAUGUAAACAGGUCUCUGCCAGGUCUGAUUGGAUGCCACAGGAAAUCGGUCUAUUGGCAUGUGAUUGGAAUGGGCACCACCCCCGAAGUGCACUCAAUAUUCCUUGAAGGUCACACAUUUCUUGUGAGGAACCAUCGGCAGGCCUCCUUGGAGAUCUCACCAAUAACUUUCCUUACUGCUCAGACCCUCCUGAUGGACCUUGGGCAGUUUCUACUGUUUUGUCAUAUCUCUUCCCACCAACAUGAUGGCAUGGAAGCUUAUGUCAAAGUAGACAACUGCCCAGAGGAAGCCCAACUACGGAUGAAGAACAAUGAGGACGAGGAAGAUUAUGAUGAUCUUGAUGAUUCUGACAUGGACGUGCUCAAGUUUGAUGAUGACAACUCUCCUUCCUUUAUCCAAAUUCGCUCGGUUGCCAAGAAGCAUCCUAAAACUUGGGUACAUUAUAUUGCUGCUGAAGAGCAGGACUGGGACUAUGCUCCCUCAGUCCUCACCCCCAGUGACAGCGGUGCUAGAAGUCGGGAUUUGAACAACGGGCCUCAGCAGAUUGGCAGAAAGUACAAAAAAGCCCGGUUUGUGGCGUACACCGACGAAAGCUUUAGGACUCGUGAAGCUGCGCAGUAUGAGUCGGGAAUCCUGGGACCUUUACUUUAUGGGGAAGUUGGAGACACGCUGUUGAUUAUGUUUAAGAAUCAAGCAAGCCGUCCAUACAACGUCUACCCUCAUGGAAUCACUGAUGUCAGUCCUUUGCAUUCAGGGAGAUUGCCAAAAGGUGUGAAACACUUGAAGGAUUUGCCAAUUCUACCAGGAGAAGUGUUCAAGUAUAAAUGGACAGUGACUGUAGAAGAUGGACCAACUAAAUCAGAUCCUCGCUGCCUGACCAGAUAUUACUCUAGUUUCAUUAAUCCGGAGAGGGAUCUCGCUUCAGGACUGAUUGGCCCUCUCCUCAUCUGCUACAAAGAAUCUGUAGAUCAAAGAGGAAACCAGAUGAUGUCAGACAAGAGAAAUGUCAUCCUGUUUUCUAUAUUUGAUGAGAAUCAGAGCUGGUACCUCACAGAGAAUAUGCAGCGCUUCCUCCCCAAUGCAACUGGAGUGCAGCCCCAGGAUCCAGAGUUCCAAGCCUCCAACGUCAUGCACAGCAUCAAUGGCUACAUUUUCAGUAGCUUGCAGUUGUCAGUUUGCUUGCAUGAGGUGGCAUACUGGUACAUUCUAAGUGUUGGAGCGCAGACCGACUUCCUCUCUGUCUUCUUCUCUGGAUAUACAUUCAGACACAAGAUGGUCUAUGAAGACACACUUACCCUAUUCCCAUUCUCAGGAGAAACUGUCUUCAUGUCAAUGGAAAACCCAGGUCUGUGGGUUCUGGGGUGCCACAACUCAGACUUUCGGAACAGAGGCAUGACAGCCUUGCUGAAGGUUUCUAGUUGUGAACGGAACACUGGUGAUUAUUAUGAGGACACAUAUGAAGAUAUUCCAACCUACUCGCUGAGUAAAAGCAAUGUCAUUGAACCCAGAAGCUUCUCCCAGAAUUCAAGGCACCCUAGCACUAGGCAAAAGCAACUCGAAACCAGCACAAUUCCAGAAAAUGACAUAGAGAAGAUUGGAGAGAGAAUACAGAUGCUUAAAGUACCAAGUGUCUCCUCUAAUGAUUUGUUGAUGCUCUUGGGACAGAGUCCUACUCCACAUGGGUUAUCUUUAUCUGAUCUCCAAGAAGCCAUGUAUGAGGCUAUUCCUGAUGAUCAUUCACCUGGAGCAAUAGACAUUAACAAGGGCCCAUCUGAAGUGGCACGCCUCAUGCCAGAGCUCCAACACAGUGGGGACUUAAUAUUUACUCCUGAGCCAGGCCUCCAAUUAAGAUUAAAUGAGAAUUUGGGGACAACUAUAGCAGCAGAGUUGAAGAAAAUUGAUUUAAAAGAUUUUAGUUCAUCAAAUAAUCUAAUGACUUCACCAACAAUUUCAUCAGACAACUUGGCAGCAGGUACUGAAAAGACAGGUUCCUUUGGACCCCCAAAUAUGCCAAUUUACUUUGGUAGUCAAUUAGGCACCACCGUAUUUAGCAAAAAGCUAUCUCCCAUUAUUGGGUCUGAUGUACCUCUGAACUUGAGUGAAAGAAAUAAUGAUUCCAAGUUGUUAGAAGCAGGCUUAAUAAAUAGUCAAGAAAAUUCACUGGGAAAAAAUGUAUCAUCAAUGGAGAGUAAUAGGUUAUUUAAAGAGAAAAGAGCUGAUUUACCUGCUUUGUUUACCAAAAAUAAUGCUUUAUUUAAAGUUAAUAUCUCUUUAUUUAAAAAACCCAAGGCAUCCACUAAUUCAACAAAUAUUAGAAAGACUCACAUUGAUGGUGCAACCUUAUUAACUGAGAAUAAUACAUCAGUCUGGCGAGAUACUAUAUUAGAAAGUGAUACUGAGCUUGAAGAAGUGACAUCUUUGAUUCAUGAUGAAAUGUUUCUGGACAAAAAUACUACAGAGUUGAGGCUAAAUCAUGUGUCAAAUAAAUCGGCUUCCUCAAAAAAUAUGAAAAUGGUCCACCAAAGAAAAGAGGACUCUGUACCAACAGAUGCAGAAAAUCCAGAUAUGUCAUUCUUCAAGAUACUGUUCCUGCCAGAAUCAAGAAAUUGGACAAAAAGGACCCAUGAAAAGAACGCCAUGAACUCUGGGCAAGGGCCUGGUCCAAAACAAUUAAUAUCCUUAGGGUCAGAAAAAUCUGUGAAAGAUCGGAAUUUGUUGUCAGAGAAGAAUAAAAUGAUGGUAGGAGAGGAUGAAUUUACAAAGGACACAGCACUCAAAGAGAUGAUUUUUUCAAGCAGUAGGAGCAUAUUUCUUACUAACUUGACAAAUGUACAAGAAAAUAAUACACACAAUCAAGGAAAAAAAUAUCAGGAAGAUAUAGAAAGGAAUAAAACAGUAAUCCAAGAGAAUGCAGUUUUGCCUCAGGUGUACACAGCGACUAACACUAAGAAUUUUCUAAAGAGCCUUUUCUUACCAAGCCCUAGGCAAACUGUAGGUUCAGAUAAGGGGGUUUAUAAGUCAAUACUUCAAAACACCAGUUCAUUAAACAAUCCAGCAAACAGGGCAGAGACUCACAUGACCCAUUUCUCAAAGAGAGAGGAGAAAGCAAACUUAGAAGGCUUGAGAAAUCAAACGAAGAAAAUGAUAGAGAAGUAUAUAAACAUCACAACGACGCCUCCUAAUUCAAGCCAGCAGAAUGUUAUCAUUCAACGUGGUAAGCGGACUUUGAAACAAUUCAGACUCCCACUAGAAGAAAUAGAUCUUGAUAAGGGGCUAGUUGUGGAUGAUACUUCAAUCCAGUGGUCCCAAAACAUGAAAUAUUUGACCCAGGGCACCCUCACACAGAUAGACUACAACAAGAAGGAGGAAAAGGCCAUUACUCAGCCUCCCUUAUCAGAUUGUCCGAUGAGGACUCAUGGCAUCACUCAGACAAAUAGGUCUACAUUACCAGUUGCAAAGCUAUCAGCAUUUCCACCCAUUAGACCUACAGAUCUGACCAGGGUCCCAUCCCAAGACAACUCUUCUCAUCUUCUAGCGUCAGACUGUAACUAUAGCUUUAGAGAGAGAAGUUCUGGGGUCCAAGAAAGCAGUCGUUCCUUACAAGGAUCCAAAAGAAAGAACCUUUCUUUAGCUGUCCUAACCUUGGAGAUGUUCAGAGAUCAAAGACAGGUCAGCUCCCUGUGGGUGAGUACCAGAAACACAGUGACAUACAAGAAAUUUGAGGACACUGUUCUCUUGAAACCAGGCUUGCCUGAAGAAUCUGGCCAAGUUGAAUUGCAUCCUAAAGUUCACAUUCAUCAGGAAGACCAUUUCCCUACAGAAAGUAGCAAUGGGUCUCCUGGCCACCUAGAUCUCAUGGAAAAGAUCCUUCUUCAGCACUCACAGAGAGCUAUUAAACAGAAUAAAGGAAAUAGACCUGGAAAAGUGCCCUUUCUGAAAGAGGCAACAGAAAGCUUUGAAAAGACUCCCUUCAAGCUACUGGGUCCUCUUCCUUGGGAUUACCAAUAUGCUACCCAGCUACCAAAAGAAGAGUGGAAAUCCCAAGAGAAGUCACCAAAAAACACAGCUUUAAAGAAAAAGGGCACCAGUUUUUCCAUGAACCCUUGUGAAAGCAAUCAUGCAAUAGCAGCAAUAAAUGAGGGACAAGAUAGGCCUCAAAGAGAAGCCACUUGGACAAAGCAAGGAGGGACUGAAAUGUUAUGCUCUCAAGACUCCCCUGUCUUGAAACGCCAUCAAAGGGAAAUAACCCUUAGUAGUCUUCAGUCAGAGCAAGAAGAAACUGACUAUGAUGAUGUCGUCUCAAUUGAAAUGAGGAGGGAAGAUUUUGACAUUUAUGGUGAAGAUGAAAAUCAGGGUCCCCGCAGCUUUCAAAAGCGAACGCGACACUAUUUUAUUGCUGCAGUGGAGCGGCUCUGGGAUUAUGGGAUGAGUACAUCCCCCCCUAUUCUGAGAAACAGGGCUCAGGGUGGCAGUGUCUCUCAGUUCAAGAAGGUGGUUUUCCAGGAAUUUACUGAUGGCUCCUUUACUCAGCCCUUAUACCGUGGAGAACUAAAUGAACACUUGGGACUCUUGGGGCCAUAUAUAAGAGCAGAAGUUGAAGACAAUAUCAUGGUAACUUUCAAAAAUCAGGCCUCUCGGCCCUACUCCUUCUACUCUAGCCUUAUUUCUUAUGAGGAAGAUCAGCAACAAGGAACAGAACCUAGAAAAAACUUUGUCAAGCCCAAUGAAACUAAAACUUACCUUUGGAAAGUGCAACAUCACAUGGCACCCACUAAAGAUGAGUUUGAUUGCAAAGCCUGGGCUUAUUUUUCUGAUGUUGAUCUGGAAAAAGAUGUGCACUCUGGCUUGAUUGGACCCAUUCUGAUCUGCCACACUAAUACACUGAACCCUGCUCAUGGGAGACAAGUGACAGUGCAGGAAUUUGCUCUGUUUUUUACUAUCUUUGAUGAGACCAAGAGCUGGUACUUCACUGAAAAUUUGGAAAGGAACUGCAGGGCUCCCUGUAAUAUCCAGAUGGAGGACCCCACUUUUAAAGAGAAUUAUCGCUUCCAUGCAAUCAAUGGCUAUGUGAUGGAUACAUUACCUGGCUUAGUAAUGGCUCAGGACCAAAGGAUCAGAUGGUAUCUGCUCAGCAUGGGCAACAAUGAAAAUAUCCAUUCUAUCCAUUUCAGUGGACAUGUGUUCACUGUACGGAAAAAAGAGGAGUAUAAAAUGGCAGUGUACAACCUCUAUCCAGGCAUUUUUGAGACGGUGGAAAUGCUCCCAUCCAAAGCUGGAAUUUGGCGGGUAGAAUGCCUUAUUGGCGAGCACCUUCAUGCUGGGAUGAGCACUCUUUUUCUGGUGUACAGCAAGAAGUGCCAGACUCCCCUGGGAAUGGCUUCUGGACGCAUCAAAGAUUUUCAGAUUACAGCUUCAGGACAAUAUGGACAGUGGGCCCCAAAGCUGGCCAGACUUCAUUAUUCUGGACCAAUCAAUGCAUGGAGCACCAAGGAGCCCUUUUCCUGGAUCAAGGUGGAUCUGUUGGCACCAGUGAUUGUUCAUGGCAUCAAGACCCAGGGUGCCCGUCAGAAGUUCUCCAGCCUCUACAUCUCUCAGUUUAUCAUCAUGUAUAGUCUUGAUGGGAAGAAGUGGCAGACUUAUCGAGGGAAUUCCACUGGGACCUUAAUGGUCUUCUUCGGCAAUGUGGACUCAUCUGGUAUAAAACACAACAUUUUUAACCCUCCAAUUAUUGCUCGGUACAUCCGUUUGCACCCAACUCAUUAUAGCAUCCGCAGCACUCUUCGCAUGGAGUUGAUGGGCUGUGACUUAAACAGUUGCAGCAUGCCGUUGGGAAUGGAGAGUAAAGCAAUAUCAGAUUCACAGAUUACUGCCUCAUCCUACUUCACCAGUAUGUUUGCCACCUGGUUGCCUUCACAAGCCCGCCUUUACCUCCAAGGGAGGGCUAAUGCCUGGAGACCUCAGGUGAAUAAUCCAAAAGAGUGGCUGCAAGUGGACUUCCAGAAGACAAUGAAAGUCACAGGAAUAACCACGCAAGGAGCAAAAUCUCUCCUCACCAACAUGUAUGUGAAGGAGUUCCUCAUUUCCAGCAGUCAAGAUGGCCGUCGCUGGGCUCUCUUUUUCCAGAACGGCAAAGUAAAGGUUUUUCAGGGAAAUCAAGACUCCUUCACCGCCGUGGUGCACUCCCUGGAUCCACCACUGCUGACUCGCUACCUUAGAAUUCACCCCCAGAGCUGGGCGCAGCACAUCGCCCUGAGGCUGGAGGUUCUGGGCUGUGAAGCGCAGCAGCUCUACUAGGGGUGGCCCUGCAGCUCGGGCCAGUCCCAUCGCCGCUCCGUCCUCGGCUGUAGGCCAUCCCCCCACGCAGGGCCCGGCCUCCAGGUGACCUCCUGCCCCACACCGGCCACGGCGCCGUCAGUUUUCUAAGUAUUUAACCUGUACAGUUCUGGCAGACACUGCCCUGAAGCUUCCCACAUUAAUUGUCCUUAAUCCCGUGUUUCUGGAGGGCGUUGCGUGCCAUUUAACUCCUGCCCAUUUUCUGCAGCUGCAGUCAGUGCAGCUGGUCCCUCCUUCCUGUGGAACUAGGCAAAAGGAGCUGGGGAGAAACCCGCGUGGAAAGCGUCCUUCCCUGAAAAAUCAGGUCUCACAGAGCCACCAUUUCCUCUGUUGUACAAAAACAAUGUGUUUUAAAGUUGGCGUGAUGUGAACGUUUCCGAUUAAGCUUUAUACAUUUAAAAUAAAACUCUCACUUUAUUAUCCUGGUCAAACAUGGAACAAAACAUGUUUUGAGAUCAUGUCAACACGACCUUGAAGUCAAAAUGCACGUCAGUUUGACAGUCUGUGAAAUGGAGAUAAAAGAACGACCACAUUAAAAUUUAUUUUUGCCACCUUAUAGGUAGAUAUAAUUAUCUUAUUUAGUCAUCUUGGGACAUUGUUACCUCAAAAACUAGUAUUCUUAAACUGAGGCUCUUAGGUGAGGUUCAGAAGCCCCUAAGUCCCCUGAAAUGAUAUACAACAUUCUGCAUGAAUGCAUGUGUGCAUUUUCCUGACAAGAGCGUCCACAGAUUUAACAAGAUUUUUAAAGGGGAGUUCAAUUUAUUCUCAGAAAGAUGCAGAAAUAAAGCCAUUUGGUCUUAAUUCUAACCAACAUAAAAAUAGGUCAGGGGUAUGGAAUUAUUGGGAAGCUUCAAAUAAAAUGACAAUGUCCUCUUGAAAUUUGUGGUGGCCGAGAAAGGUAAUGAUGACAAUAGGCUUCCAGAGGACAUAUUUUUAAUAUUUCUGUGGAAAAAUGAGAAAACUACAUGGCUGUCUUUAUAAGAGAUACAAGUUUUGUAAUUCUAAUAAAGCACUUAUUUUAUUGCAUCCUUCACCUAAUCCUGCUGAAACGACAUAACAAAAAUGUACCAGGGAUCAUUUUUUACCAUGACUGAAAACGAGAGUCCCACUUACAUAGCGGAAAUAUCAAAGAGUCAGAAGAAAAUUGAACUGGCAAAAACAGAGAAAAAACAUCCCAGCCUGCCACGUCCACCACGCGAGAGGAGCCCACACCUCGCCCCACCCCCAUAACGUUGUGACAGGUUUACCGCUCCUUCCAUCCGCCUGUCCCCUGCACUGUGACUACACAAACAUCUCCUGAUGGUAAAGGGGACUAGAGGAAAGGAUAAGCCAUAGAGCAGUUGGACGAAGCAUCCAAAGUUUGCAACCCCGAGCGAUUUGAAAACAGGAGUUCCUAGUAUAAGAGAAAAAUGUAUCCCAGUCCCAGAAAAGGCAAGAGAAAGGCUGCUUUUUUUCCAUGCUAGAGCAUUUUCUAUUAAUCUUGCUUGACUCUGCUCUGCAGACACAACUGAUGAAGGUGCAAAUGAUUUAUAGUCCUAUAAAGUUCAGCAAGGUAAGAGGUUAACUUAAGAAAUCAGUAAGUUGUUUUGUCAUAUAGCCUGAUACAGGAGUUAACCCCAAAGAUGGUAUGGUCUCAUUUCCUGUAAAACGUUCCACUCUUAUGUCUAACCUAAUAAUUUUUUUUUUUUGCAUUCUUUUCUCAUAGACUAUAUCCAUCUCUAUUUCUCGAAUGUUCUUGGAACCAGCUCUUUUGUCUUCCUGCUGUUUUCCUCAGU